UUUUGCAUUAUUUUCAAGUUGUCAGACAAGCGAUCAGCAACAAAAUGGGUCUUUUCCAGAGUUGUAUGGGCAAGAGAAACAACAGAGUCGAUGUCAUGUCGGAAGAAGAAGCGAAGGCCUACAGUAAGAUGGAAGAGGAGAUCAAGAAGGAGCUGGUAGGAGAUACCAUCCAGACCAAGCCCCUGCCAUGGAUGAUGUUUUGUACAGAACCUAAUGCCAAAAAGCCUUACGCCGAUGAGGUCCCUGAUAGCCCGGUCUUAGAAGUCGUACAGAAGAAAGGGGGCGUGGCCUUCGAUAUCGGGUACAAGUCAACUGUACCCAAGCUUCCUCCAAUCAACGUUAAGCGAGUUCAGGUUCCAGUUGGGGGCGAGGACUAUACAAAAUGGAAGGUUGAAAGAGACAAGCUUCUAGUUGAUAAGCACGAGAAAGCCAAGAUUCGAAGAGAACACAGUAUCAUCCAGCAGAAGAAGCUGUCUGCCCAGAGACCAAGGACAGCCCAGUCCAGGGAUGCCAUCGAAAGCACUCUUAAUGAAGAAUGAAAAGGCCAAUGUUAACACUAUUUUAAAAUUUAACAACUACAUGUAUAUUUCUUAUUUUAAGAUAGAAUAGAUAGUAUAGGAUAGCGUAAUUUAACAAAAAAUGUCUGAAUUUAAAAAAACUUUAAGAUACAAGUGUACAGUAGGAUAGCUCCAAAAUUGUAUCAAAAUUAUCUCGAAUUAAGAUUCAACCAUUUUUGUGGGCGCCCUUUUCCCCCACUUGCUGAAAUUACUUUAUUGCUGAAAAGAAAAUAUUAAAAAUCAUAUUAAUUGUAUAAGGUGUAAACAAUAUCUGUUGUUGUCACGUUUCAAAUGUAUUUAUUGAAAAAUUAUGAUUUUUUGAUAUUUAAUAAAAAGUGUUGUUGG